UAAGCAAACGUCUCGACGCGAAUGUCUAUCACUAUCACAUAAGUCCCCACGUGAUACGGUCGACCGCAGUUUAACUCGUUCCCUGAACAUACUCGCGAUGUUGUUCUUUUUCAAUGGUACCUGAAACAAGAUCAUAAAAAUCUCUCGACAGUUUUAUAGCCCUUAGACACGUGCCAGGGCUUAGUGUUGUGUUUAUUGGUCUAUUAGUGCCAGCUAUUUUCAAGAAAUUUAUGACUUCUUGAACUCGAUCCUGUGACAGAAUAGUGGACUUGUGUUUGUGUUCGAUAUGUAAGAACGUUGUAACUGCAUAAAAACAAUACGUUAAUCCGCAAUGAGUUCGUAUCAAUUUGUUAACUCCUUAGCCCAGUGCUACGGUCAACAAGCUAGACCUGGAGCAGAACAGGCUCAUCAAAGUGCCAGUCCUGGCGGUGACUAUUAUAACCCAAACGCAGCUGCGGCUUCGAAUUAUCCUCCUGCAUGCUACUCACCGCCCCAGGUUGGUCCCCAGUAUCCGCCACAUCCUUACGCUGCUCCAGCACCAGGGCACAACAUGCAACCUAUGGGAGAUUACACUCAACUUCAGCCGCAAAGACUUGCCACUGGGAGUAACUCCCACAUGCACCACGCGAGCCCUGGGGGACAAAGUCCUGGAAUAUUAAACCCGUCAGCAAGUUGUAAGUACGCUGAUUCUACAUCUUCAACAGGCGUUGCUUCUCCGCAAGAUUUAAGUACCAACGGUCCGCCAACGCGAUCGACUCCUCCUUUGGCUAAUACUCAAACUAGCAAUAACAGCAACGCAACAAUUACUUCGAAAAGUUCCGGGUUAACCUCUCCUCUAUCCGUCAGCACGUCGCCUCCAGGCAAACAGGCAACAGGAUCCUCCACUGCUUCGCAAAAUUUAUCAUCUCCAGCCUCAAGUACAAGUUCUACUUCUAGCAACGAAAAAUCUGGUUCUAACAAUAAUAAUUCCAAGAGUGGAACGGCUUCGAACCCACCACAAAUUUAUCCAUGGAUGAAAAGAGUUCACCUAGGACAAAGUACGGUGAAUGCCAACGGAGAAACGAAGCGUCAAAGGACAUCAUACACCCGAUAUCAGACUUUAGAACUCGAAAAGGAAUUCCAUUUUAACCGGUACCUAACCAGGAGACGGCGCAUAGAGAUAGCUCACGCUCUUUGCCUCACGGAACGACAAAUCAAAAUAUGGUUCCAAAAUAGGCGUAUGAAAUGGAAAAAGGAACACAAGAUGGCCAAUUUCCACCUGGCGUCCCUCCAGGACGAAGGAUACGCAUUCCACCAGGCCAUGGGGAUGGGAGGUAUGGGAUCUAUGCAACGUGGCCUCUACGCUUGCGGGAGUCCCUACAGCUAGCCCUGGGCCACUUACAACGGAGACUGCGGGCCUUCUUAGGCCAAAAUCGGAUCUUUGUGCAGUCUUCGGCCCAUGGUUCCACGAUGAUUCAAUUUAUGGGGCACCACAAGGGAUACGUUGAAGGCUAAUCGAAAGCUUCUUCUACAACUUGUGGCUUAGUCUCCAUUGAAAUGCAAUUGAAACAUGGUGAAGUACCGUGGGUUUAUAUUUUGUCUGUGCCAAUAGACGUUUCGGCGAAUUGGUAUCGUGAAUGUCUGUGACAGAAAAAAUAAUAGUCAUUUUACAGAUUAAUGAUUUUAAUGUAAAAGAAAAGAAAUUUAUCCGAUAUCAGAUAUAUCGAAAAACUUAACAGAUCUUUAAUAAAAUCUCAGUAGCGCAUUUUACUAAUUUUUAAUUCAUGUGCAAAUAUUUACUUGCAAAAUGGAAUCACUGUUAACAAUUUUAGUUUAGUUUAUUUAGUCAUUAUCACUUCUGAAAAUUAAUAUUUUUAAUUUGAAAAAAGCGAACAUGUUAAAAUGUAAUAUGAAUAUCAUAUAUAAAAUGUGCAAUAUGUUGUUAAAAAGUUAUUUGUUUCACAAAAAUGUUAUUGUUUAUACAAGGUAAAUUGUCUGCAUUUUUAAUCUUGUGAAAAGACACUGUGCUCACUUUAUUAAUAUAGUUUUGAAAGGAAAACAAGUGUGAUUAUAUAGUUAGGUACUUAGUGUAAAUAUAAUAGAUUCUGCACUCCUUUGUAAAUAUUGCAGCAAUUUUAAAUAAAUUAUUAUUUAAGUUAUGUACUGAAUGAAUGAAUUCUAGGGUACAUGUAAAUAAAUUAUACCCCUCUAACGUUGUAUAGAAUACCUCAUACGUAUAAGAUAUGUAUCAGACCAUAAAUAUGAAAAAAUAAUUGUCUGGGGUUGAAAAAAGUUUUUAUUUGAAAGCAAUAUUUAGUUAAAGGCAGAAUAAAUAUACCGUACUGAGGAUGUAUGUAAAAUUGUAUUAUAGUGUGUAUAUCAUUAGCUCAAUAUUGUUUAUAAUUUUUGUUCAAUUUAUUUAUGUAUUUGUACUACUGUGUGUGUGGAACAAACAAGUUAGAUUGUACAACAUCUUCAUAAUAGUUACUGUUGUAAUUGUCCACUCUGAAUAAACUAUUAAUAAAAACGAA